UUCUUACAACUGAAAAUCCUAAUACUACAAAAAUACAAACAACAAUUAACUCUUUAUUAGAGAGACGUGCUGAAAUAACUCAACCACUUUCUGAAGAAAAACAAAUUCGCGUUACUUAUCAUUUAGUUGCUUGGUUAAUUGAGGCAAUGAUGCCUUUAGAUUGUAUUAAUCAUGACCGAUUUAAAGAUUUCUGUUACGAAAUUAAUCCACGAUUUGGAGUUCCCU